AGAACUGUUUUUCGUUUAUCUACUCCGAUUUACCAUCACUUUGCUUCCUUUUCCUCUCCAACCUUCGAAUCAGAGAAUAAGCCGAUAAACAUCAAUGGAGAAAUUCAAAACCCUAGAAAUCUUGCAGAAAACCCCAAAAUCCCGCGUCUUCCACCUCUACCUGAACCGUCCAUCUCAUCGCAACGCACUUUCACGUGACUUCUUCUCCGAAUUCCCCAAAGCCCUCGCCUCCCUCGACCAAAACCCUAACGUCAACGUCGUAGUCCUCUCCGGCGUCGGAAACCACUUCUGCGCCGGGAUCGACCUCGGAACCCUUGGCUCGUUCUCCGAAAAUUCCGACUCCGAUGACCGCGGGCGCGGCGGAGAGAAGCUCCGGAGACAUAUCAAGUACCUCCAGGACGCGGUCACCGCGAUCGAGCUGUGCCGGAAGCCGGUGAUUGCUAGCAUCCAAGGGGCGUGCAUUGGCGGUGGAAUUGAUAUCGUGACCGCCUGUGACAUAAGGUAUUGUACGGACGACGCGUUCUUCUCGGUGAAGGAAGUUGAUUUGGCGAUCACCGCCGAUCUCGGAACGCUUCAAAGGCUGCCGGCGAUAGUCGGGUACGGUAACGCUAUGGAGCUGGCUCUGACGGGUCGGAGGUUCUCGGGUUCGGAUGCGAAGCAGUUGGGUUUGGUUUCUAGGAGUUUCGGAUCCAAGGAGGAAAUGGAUGAAGCAGUGAGACUUAUCGCUGAGGAUAUUGCUUCCAAGUCUCCCCUAGCUGUCACGGGAACAAAAGCAGUGUUACUAAGAAGUAGGGAUAUGAGUGUGGAACAAGGGCUGGAUUAUGUUGCUACUUGGAACUCGGCUAUGCUGUUGUCUGAUGAUUUAACGGAGGCAAUCUCAGCAUACACCCAGAAAAGAAAGCCUGUUUUUGCAAAGCUCUGAUGGUGCAUGCAAGGCCUGCAUUUCACUGUAUUAUCUAUUUAUGUUUUCAGCUAAAGAAUUAAUAAUAAAGCUACGUAACUGUCCAAAUUAAUGUGUCUAUACUCUAUACAUUUAAAUUGGAAGCUGGCUAGAUUACCGUCUCAA